CCAAGAUCUCUCCCACACAUGUCUCACGCACCUACUUCCCACUCCACCUCCGCCCCCUAUACCUGCGCAACACCAUGCUAUCCUCGAAUGACGGAAUUACCACGGAAAGCAUCGUAAAUAGGAAGGCCGUUUAUUGCUGCUUAGAUCAUGUGUCGGCAGUCGGCAGAGUGUCGAAGACACUCGUUCUGGUCUGGAGAACGUUUUGUCGAUUCCUGGAAGGUGCCUGGAACUUGCUCGGGGAGACCUAUUUUGGGCCGAUCGCCGCCGGAGCCCAGUUCACAUGUACUCGCCAUAUACUUGCUCGCGUGAACACCGAUAACAUGAAAGAUCGUCAUCGACAACUCCAUAUGACAAGUACACGAGCAUCCUGUCUCGCGGAGACAAACGCCACAAUCACUCACCACCAUCGCCUGUCCAUGUUAUGA